UCAGAGCGAGCCACUUCAGUGGAGUCAGGAAUGGAGGAGAAGAAAAAUCGGGAUCUGCAGACCACCGAGCCCGGGAGCAGUAGCGCCGCGGCAGCGGACUGUGCACCCCCCCAGAGAAAGAAACAUGGAGGUGAAGGGAAAACCAGAUGUCAUGACUGUGAUCAAUGUGGAGCAACCUAUUCCACCUCUACUUAUCUAAAAAUCCACCAAAGAAUCCAUACCGGUGAGAAACCAUACAGCUGCGAGCAGUGUGGGGCAGCUUUCACUCAGUUGAGUCAUCUGAAAAAGCACCAACGUAUUCACACUGGAGAGAGACCAUACCAAUGUGAGAAAUGUGGGAAAACAUUUGCAGUUUCUAGUACCUUGCAAUUACAUAUACGCACCCACACAAGAGAGAAACCAUACAGCUGUGAUCAGUGUGGGUCUGUUUUCAGUCGCUUAAGUCAGCUGAAUGAUCACCACCGUGUUCAUACUGGAGAGAAACCGUACUGCUGUGAGGAAUGUGGAAAAACCUUCACAGACAAAAGUAGUCUUCGUUAUCAUAAACAGUCUCACACUGGUUUUAAACCGUACUGGUGUGAGGAAUGUGGGAACAGUUUUACUCGUUUAUCCUCCCUCAGAAAACAUCAGCGACGUCAUACUGGGGAAAAGCCGUACAGCUGUGACGUGUGUGGGAAAGCUUUUAGUCAGGCCUUUUCCCUGACAUGUCACAGAAGACUUCAUACUGGAGAGAAACCGUACUGGUGUGAGGAAUGUGGAAAAACCUUCACAGACAAAAGUAGUCUUCGUUAUCAUAAACAGUCUCACACUGGUUUUAAACCGUACUGGUGUGAGGAAUGUGGGAACAGUUUUACUCGUUUAUCCUCCCUCAGAAAACAUCAGCGACGUCAUACUGGGGAAAAGCCGUACAGCUGUGACGUGUGUGGGAAAGCUUUUAGUCAGGCCUUUUCCCUGACAUGUCACAGAAGACUUCAUACUGGGGAGAAACCGUACUGGUGUGAGGAAUGUGGAAAAAGAUUUCGUGAAAGCAGGUCCUUAAGGUCACAUCAUCAGAAAUGUCACAGCUGAAGAGAAACGUACAGGUGUGGUUAGUGGCAAACUGGGUCUCCCAUGGCAAAUUGGUCCUUGGUGAGGGGACAGAGCGAUUUAUCUUAUCUUAGGUAAAGUAAUGCAAACAUUAAAGUCCAGAAAGACUGGAUAAAGGUACAAGUCCAAAAGAUAUGAGCAUGAAAAGCCAUUAUUUUUCCACGUUUCCUCCAGCGGGCCAGUUGAGAGCCAGUGUGUUUGGACUUCUGCUUAGAGGUGCCAAAAAUUAAUCCAGUUUUUCCAGUGGUGAUAUAUCCAAGUCCUGAACUGAUGGGUGGAUGGUUGGAUCACAUAGUCUGUUGUGUCCUUGUUCAGUUCAUGGCUGUGGUUCAGGUUGGUGAUUGGAUACCUGGCCCCUCAAAGUAUGGGUAUUAUUUUUAAUGUUUGUUCUAAAUCAGACACAACACAGUACACUGCCAUUGUUUUCUUCAGCUGUGAUGAUGUCAGUUGUGACGUCAGUGCUUUGCAUGGCAGCGUGUCACCGCUUUAGCAAACUCCUCACAGUGGACCCGCCCAUCAGCUCCAACGCCCGCCUCCUGCAGCAGCUCAUCCACUGAAAACAGAGACACAGAAACCGUUUAACAACAUUUUGGUGCAGCUGUAAUUCUUGUGGAACUUUUACAAUCCAUUCCAGAUGCACUUUUUCAGUUUGUGUCAUACGCGGGGCUGUAUGGCAAGCAGGAUUGGACCCAAUAGCAAGACGCGUGGGCACAGACUAAAACACAAAACCAGCUUUAAUGCUGGAAGCUCUCCCAUUAAACCAAAAUACAAAAUCCCAACACAGCAUCUUGCCACAGCACCCUCCAGUGCAUCAUUAGAGCAGCUGAGAAGAUCAUCAGUGCCCUUGGUACAUGCUGUGUGAGCUUCUCAUUAAAGCAGAAAGAAUCUGACUCUGGGCAACACAAACAAACUGUAUGAAAAGUUGGUUCAUGAUGCUGCAGAGCUCUGUGUGUGUAGCUGCUGUGACACACACAGGCUUUUUCAUUAUAGACCAAUCUGUGUGUAAAAGCAGACAUUGUGCACCAGGAGUCUCUUCUUUUGAACACACUGCAUUAUGUUCAGCUUUGUGUAUCCCAAACCUUACUAUAAGGCAGGCACACAGUAGUGUGACAUUUGUAAGGAUGAUUUAAAGAAAUGAAUAAAAUACUCUCGACUCUCA